CUGGACUCAGAUGAGAUGAGCACUGAAUAAGAGACUGUCUUCUUUGUUUUCGAAUCGAUUCAACACCGGAGGGGAGAUGGCCGUAGCUGAUUGCGGCGCCGCGUUCUUGUUCAGCCACCCCGAGAAUUCCCCCAAUGCGCGUCGAUUCUCGAUCCAAGUUCCUGCCGGCAGAUCGCGCCUCCACAUUCCGCUCGCCAUGUCGUCCGCCGCCGUGCCACCGCCGGAGGAGCCGCCGAGCCCGGUGCGGUUCGGCAUCAUGGGCUGCGGCUCCAUCGCGCGCAAGCUCUCGCGGGCCAUGCUGCUGGUCGGCCCCGCCGUCGACGUGGCCGCCGUCGCCAGCCGCUCCGGGGACAAGGCGCGCCUCUUCGCCGCCGACAACGGCCUCCCCGCCGGCACGCGCCUCCACGGCUCCUACGAGGCGCUCCUCGACGACCCGGACAUCGACGCCAUCUACCUCCCGCUCCCCACCAGCCUCCACCUCAAGUGGGCCACCGCCGCCGCCGAGCGGGGCAAGCACCUGCUCCUCGAGAAGCCCACCGCGCCCUGCGCCGCCGAGCUCGACCAUAUCCUCGCCGCCUGCGAGGCUAGCGGCGUCCAGUUCAUGGAUUCUACCAUGUGGAUGCACAACCCCCGCACUGCCAAGAUGCGCCAGCUCAUCGCUGAUCACGACACCAUCGGCGACGUCAGAGUUAUAAACAGCAUUGUCAGCUUUCGAGCAAACGAAGAUUUCCUCAAGAAUGACAUCAGGGUAAAGCCAGACCUUGAUGCCCUGGGCGCACUUGGUGAUAUCGGGUGGUACUGCAUCCGCGCGAUCUUGUGGGCUGUUGACUAUGAGCUGCCCAAGAAUGUGAUUGCUCUCCGUCACCCUGUUAAGAACCAAGCUGGUGUGGUCCUUGCUUGUGGCGCAUCGCUCUAUUGGGAGGAUGGCAAGGUCGCCACCUUCCACUGUUCUUUCCUUACCAACCUUACUAUGGACGUCACUGUCGUUGGCACAAACGGUACUAUUCAUGUUACUGAUUUGGUCAUCCCGUACGAUGAAAAGUAUGGUCCAUUCAGCCUAGACUCCAAGACGAACUUCACCGAACUCACUACCGGAUGGGACCCACAUCCGAGCAAGAAUGUUGUCACGACGGACCUACCGCAGGAGGCCCUGAUGGUCCAGGAGUUCUGUAGGCUGGUGCGGAACAUCAGAGAUGCCGGUGGCAAGCCUGAGGGGAAGUGGCCGGCCAUCACCCGAAAGACACAGAUUGUGGUGGAUGCAGUGAAAACUUCUAUUGACACUGGAUGUGAGUCGGUCGAUGUUGUCAGCUAGAUACAUCACAUAACUGGUCAUUCCCAUGAUAUGUUGUCGAGAACAUGGCGUACAGUUUCUGUAUUUGCUCAACCCAUACUUCUACAUUGUGCAAAUCUACUUGCUGAAAUAAUUUGAGUGAUUCUUGUCAUGUUCAAGACACUAUUGCAAUAUCAAGCUCGAUGUUACUAUGAAUUUGCUGUGUAUGAUACGAGGUAUAUGGAUGCUU